CGCCGCCAUCGUGACGAGUUUUUUCCUCAGAAUGCGCCGUUUAACGUUCACAUGAUUCCGCUUCGUUCUGAAUCAACGGAACGGUUUCUCACACAAAUACGCGAUGGACGCGUGAUCCUCGUCGGUAAGAUGCCCUGCUCUGGAGUUACAGAAGCGGUUUCUCCGCAGAAGAGAUGCAAGAGUGAUGCGGUGGACGGACACGAAGACCUGAAGGUGCUCAAAUUCGCCAAGCUGACAGAAAACGCCACGACACCGAGCCGAGGAUCGAACCGAGCCGCGGGAUUCGACCUGUACAGUGCGUAUGACUGCAGCAUCGGGCCGAUGGACAAAGCUCUGGUGAAGACGGACAUCCAGAUCGCGGUUCCACACGGAUACUACGGCCGAGUUGCUCCUCGCUCGGGUCUCGCCGUCAAGCACUUCAUCGAUGUUGGCGCUGGCGUGGUGGAUGAGGACUACAGGGGGAAUCUGGGAGUCGUGCUCUUCAACUUCAACAAAGAGCCGUUUGAAGUGAAGAAGGGCGACCGCAUCGCUCAGCUGAUCUGUGAGAGAAUCUAUUACCCGGAGCUGCAGGAGUUACAGACGCUGGACGAGACGGAGAGAGGAGCGGGAGGCUUCGGCUCCACCGGCACCAACUGAAACUGUUAACUGUGUUAAAUGUUAAUGUUGUAAACAUUAAAAUGUUAAUAACAUUUAUAGUUAAAUGGUGUAAAAUGUGUUCAUUUCAAGGAGAGAAAUUUAAUUAAUUUCUCACUUAAUGACAUUGUCUCUCAGUGAAAUAAACGGUUCUUUAUGCAAAAU